CAAGACAGCAUGAAAAGAUCUCCGAGGAAAGUAACACUUACAUUAAGAGAAGGCGCAAAAAAAUGGAUUAUAUCGGGAACUGGCGAUUUCGGAGAAAAAUAACAUAUACCUUGAGAGGAGACGCAAAAGAGACCAGUGACGCCGGGAACGGAUGA